CAAAAAAACCCGUUUUUCCUUCUUAUUACGAUAUUCUGAAACCCCAUUUAGUUGGUUUUUCAGAGAGACAUCAUUUGACUCUUUUCUUUUCCAAUAUUAUCUAUCCUUAAAAAAGAAUUCAUUCCAAGGUUUCUUGACUUUAAGUUCUAGUACUUGUCGUUGUUGUUGUUAAAUCUUGUGGUAAUGGGGCCCAUUAAUAAUAAGAAGUUGAAAUCAAAAAAGAAACAGGCUAUGGAUGUACAGUCUGCUACCACCUGCAGCAGCAGCAGCCUUAAUCUUACUCCGCCGCUUUCUCAACAACAGCAACAUCCUUCCGAUUGGUGGCCUGAUUUCACCAAAAGAUUUCAUGGGAGUUUAAAAGAAUCAGCGGAUUCACAAACCUUUGAGUCUAUGUUCAAGAUGUCAAUGAAAACGUUUGACUAUAUCUGUUCGCUUGUAAAAGAAAAAAUGAUGGCCAAGACUACAAGUUUAACUGACGUCAACGGAAAUCCGUUGAGCCUUUAUGAUAAGGUUGCCAUUGUUUUAACAAGGUUAGGGUCUGGUGAAUCUUUGAAAUGGGUCGGACGUUCACUUAAUCUAAACCAAACCACGGUUGCUCAGCUAACUAAACGGUUCGUGGAUACUCUGAUAAUUCAAGGACUCUCCCAUCUCGAAUGGUCUUCAACUGAAUGUGCGAUGGAUGACAUAAAACGUAAGCUUGAAAAGGUUGGAGGUCUUCCAAAUUGCUGUGGUGCAAUCGACACCACUCACGUUUUGAUGUCUCUCUCCAACGCAGACAGGUCAACUAACGUUUGGUGUGAUCGUGAGAAAAAUCAAAGUAUGACUAUUCAAGCAAUUGUGGAUGCUGAUUUGAAAUUCCGUGAUAUUGUUGCCGGGUGUCCAGGAAGAUUAACUGAUGAGCACAUCCAUAAACAGUCAGCAUUUUUCGAAAGAUGUAAAGAAGGGGAGAGAUUAAACGGGAAAAAAAGAAAACUAUCAGUAGGAAUUGAAAUAGAAGAAUAUAUAGUUGGUAGUUCAGGAUUCCCUUUACUAAAAUGGUUAAUAACUCCAUAUCAAGGUGACAUGCUUUCUGAUUCUGAAGUGAAGUUCAAUGAAAUGUUGUUAAAGACACAAAUGGUGGCGAAAGAAGCAUUUGUGAGGUUGAAAGAGAACUGGAAGAUCAUUAAAGGAGUAAUGUGGAGACCAGACAGAAACAGAUUACCCUUGAUUAUAUUUGCUUGUUGCAUCCUGCAUAAUAUACUUAUUGAUAUGGAAGAUGAAGUUCAAGAGAAGCACGUGUUCUCGCACCUUCAGGAUUUGGAUUACCGCCCAGUCCUUUGUAAUUCGGAUGAUGACCAGAAUGGUUUGGUUUUGAGAGAGAAGAUUUCAGCUUAUUUGUCUGGAAGAUCAGUGCAAUAGCUGUUUUGUUUCAUUUUAGUCUUUGGAUUUUAUACCAUUUCUUUUUCUUAUAUAAACUAAAAAUGAGAUGAGACUGUUUUAUUUCAUAAAUUUUGGUUAAAGCUCAAGGAAUAUGAUAGUAUUGUUGCUUUAUUUUUA